GUCAUGAAUAGUGGUGGAAAACACGUCAGAGGCACGGCGUGAAUAACAGGAGGAAGUGAGCGGGUGUAAUAAACCUCUGAUGAGCGUGUAACCGCUCACAUGAAGCGACACCCGCAACACAAUCGCCAACGAACUCGUACUGGUUAAAAGUCUGAAGAUCUUCAGAUGUUCAUUGCUCAAUAAACACAUGGCGAUGAAGAGCUGGAUGGCAGGUACGCAGUGCGUCGCCAAAAAGCAGCACUGCAAGCCCAAAGCCGGUGAAAUGGCGUAUUACAAAGGCGACAUCUUGACAGUCGUCGGACCAGGAACGAGGAAAGGAGAAUACAGAGCCCGACACAACACAACGGGAGAGGAAGGAUUGGUUUCGGGUUCGAAGCUCCGAGAAAGGGAAGCCCUCCGUAUCGACCCCAAAUUAAGUCUGAUGCCAUGGUUUCACGGGAAAAUAUCAGGAACGCAAGCCGUCGGCAAACUCAAGCCGGCGGAGGACGGCCUUUUCUUGGUGCGGGAGUCGGUUCGGCAUCCCGGCGACUUCGUGCUGUGCCUCUGCUUCGGUCGGAAGGUCUUUCACUACAGAGUGGUCUUCAGAGACGGCAAGCUGAGCAUCGACAGCAAGCAGUUCUUCUACAACCUCAUCGACAUGAUCGAGUUUUACAGCAGAAAUCAAGGUGCCCUCGCCACGCUUCUGCUGAAGCCCAAGAAGAAGGAAGGCACGAAAUCCGCCGAGACGAAACUGUUGAAAUCCGGCUGGCUUCUGGAUCUGUCCAAGCUAACCGUAGGAGAGACCAUCGGAGAGGGAGAGUUCGGUGCGGUGUUCGAGGGUGAAUACGCAGGUCAGCGGGUCGCCGUCAAGAACAUCAAGUGUGACGUGACCGCUCAGGCCUUCCUCGAAGAGACGUCCGUCAUGACGAACCUCCAUCAUAAGAACCUGGUGAGGUUGUUGGGAGUGAUUCUUCACAACGGCCUUCACAUCGUCACGGAGCUCAUGGCGAAGGGGAACCUGGUGAACUUUCUCCGCACGCGAGGACGUUCUGCGAUCAGUCCUGUGCAGCUGCUGCGCUUUUCACUAGAUGUUUGUGAAGGUAUGGAGCACCUGGAGUCCAAGAAGCUCCUGCACCGAGAUCUCGCCGGACGCAACAUCCUGGUGUCUGAAGACAGCGUCGCCAAAAUCAGCGACUUCGGUCUGGCCAAGGUCAGUUCAACGGCGACGGACAACUCCAAGUUACCCAUCAAGUGGACGGCGCCCGAAGCCCUGAAGAACAAGAAGUUCUCCACGCAGUCAGACGUCUGGAGCUACGGAGUCCUUCUGUGGGAGAUCUUCUCGUACGGGAGACAGCCGUAUCCCAAAAUGUCGGUGAGCGAGGUGAGGGAGCGCGUGGACCAGGGUCACCGCAUGGAGCCGCCGGACCAGUGUCCUCCCGACGUCUACGGCCUCAUGACGUCCUGCUGGGAGACGGACCCCAAGAGAAGACCGUCCUUCCACAAGCUCCGAGAGCGGCUGGAGAAAGAGCUCGGCAAGCACUGACCGCGCCAGGUCCGGCGCAUGUGUAUAAUGUACAUUUAAUUUAUUAUUCAUGUUUUUAUUUGGGGAAUCGUCAAAACGUGCCGAGGAGGGAAAUCAAAUUAAACUAGCAUGGAAAAAUUGGGUUAUCAUGCAAUCUUCCCCUUCGCUAUUUAUUUCUUUUGUUUUCAAAAAACGAUCUACUACUGCCAUUUUUUUUUUUUUAUUUAAACAUUUUUAAAGUCUAAUAAAAUUGACUUUUUAAUCAGUAAAGGAUAUAAUAAAUUGAUGAAAUAUUAUAUUUAAGUUUUUUUGCAUUAGGUCUAAUGUGAAUUUUGUAGAAAAAGUGCUUAGUUUUUUGUGACAAUUUUUAUGUUUAGUUUUGAAAGAAAUAAAACAUUUUAUUUUUGCUCAUAAUAAUAAUAAAUAUGAGUACAAAUGAAAACAAUAUAGCGUAUAAUAUUAUGAUACUAUUAAGUAAUAUAUUUAAUGCAUAUAUGCUUUUUGUGCUCCGAUUAUAAAUUGUAUAAAGAAUAUUAUUUUCCUUUUUUAAUAAUAAUAAUAAUUAUUAUUAUUAUUAUUAUUAUUAUUGUUGUUAUUUUGAAAAAAAGUAUUAGGCUUUAUUUAUUUUAAUUUUUUUUUAUUAUUUUAAUUUUAGGGUAAAAUAUUGCAGUGAAAAACACAUAUUCCUGACAGGUUUCUUCUAAAUGAUGAAACUCAUUACUGCACAUGCUUUAUUAUUAUUAUUAUUAUUAUUAUUAUUAUUAUUAUUGUUAUUGUUAUCCGCUUCAGUCCUCAAUGAGGUUCUGUAAGAAAGAGAGACUUUCUGCUUAUGUUUUACAUGCAAUUCAGAAUGUAUUUAUUGUAACGGUAUCAAUAAACCCAUCAGGAAAAUAA